AUGAAUUACACAUCUUUCGAUAAUAUAUUGCAGAUCAAAACUUUCAAGUUAGGAAUUGAGGAUAUUCAGAAUAUAGGAUCUUCAUAUUUUGGGGAAAAUAAUAAAAAAAUUGAUCGAUACAAUGAAGAAAUAAAUUUGCUUAAACAACAGCUUAGCGACCUAAAUGAUAAGAUGGGGAAAAGUGGUGUUAUACAUAAAUCCCUUGAACCAGUUAAUGCCCCCAAAAUAACCUUUUGGUAUUAUGAAUUAAAGGAAAUGAAAGAAUUUCAGGAUCUUGUUAUGUACGAAAUAAAAAAAAAAAAAAAACAUUUCAAAACCUUAAGCAAUAGUUGUAUGAAAUAUCUGUCUAAUAAAGAAAAAAUUAAAUUAAAAAAACAAGAAGAAGAAGAAAAAAAAUUAAAAAUUCAUUCAAAGAAUAUAUCAUCUUAUAUGGAUGUUUUUUGGAAAAAAAUUGAAAAAAUAGUUUGGGAAGAGAAAAAAAGAGAAUUACAAAAAACCUUAAAUAAAAAUAAAGAAAUGCGAUUUAAAAAAUUUGUAAAAGGAGCUAUUAAAAAAAUAAAAAAUUCUAAACAUAAUGCACAUGAAUUGUUUGAAAACAAUAUGAACUAUCUUCCUUGUUCAAAUAAUAAUAGUGAAAAUAAUGCAAAUAGUAAUAGUAAUAAUGAAAAUGAAGAAAAUUCUAUUAUUGAUGAAGAUCCUGAAUGUGCAAGUAAUAAUACUGAUAACGACACAAAAAAUAAUAUUAAUGCACCUCCAAAUCUAUCUAUUAAUAGUGCUCCGACAAAUAAUAAUAAAUUAUCCUCAUCUAAAGCUAACUAUAGUAAUGAAGAUAAAGAACUUGGUGAAGAAGACUUAACAGAUCAAGAAGAUGAAGAUAUUUUAUUGGAUGAAGAAAUGGAAUCUAUCGAUGAAUCAGAAGAAAAGGAAGUAAACUUGUUAGAUGAUGAAGCUAAUAUUCCAAUUGAAGAAUUGCUCAAAAAAAUUUAUGGUUUUAAAAGUGGUGAAGAAUAUAUAAAUUUUAUGCAAAAUGAAGAGGAAGAUCAUGGUACCGACACAGAUAUGGAUAAUCAAUUUUCUACACAAAAUGAUUCGAUUAAUCCAACUCAAAACUCAAAAAAACGAAAACUUCCGAAUGAAGGUGGAAGCGACAGAGAACUAAAAAGUCCAAAGAUUGAGGAAAUGAAAAAUGCAAAUAUUGAGGAAGUGAAGGGGAUCCCGAUAAAAGUGGAUGAAAUAUUAGAGUGCAAUAUGGAUGAAAAGCAUUUAACAAAAAUCCCACCAUUCAUAAAAGCAACAUUACGUGAUUACCAACAUGCUGGAUUACAUUGGUUAUUAUAUUUGUAUAAAAAUAAUAUAAAUGGAAUAUUAGCAGAUGAGAUGGGAUUAGGAAAAACACUUCAAUGCAUUUCUUUGUUAGGAUAUCUUGCAUAUUAUUUGAAUAUAUGGGGCCCACAUUUAAUAAUAGUCCCGACAUCUAUAUUAAUAAACUGGGAAAUAGAACUAAAACGUUUUUGCCCAUGCUUUAAAAUAUUAUCAUAUUAUGGUAAUCAAAACGAGAGAUAUAAAAAAAGAAUCGGAUGGUUUAACAAUGAUUCAUUUCAUAUUUGUAUAUCCAGUUAUUCAACAAUUGUAAAGGAUCAUAUAAUUUUUAAAAGAAAAAAUUGGAAAUAUAUUAUAUUAGAUGAAGCUCAUAAUAUUAAAAAUUUUAAUACAAAAAGAUGGAAUAUAAUAUUAAGCUUAAAAAGAGAUAAUUGUUUGCUAAUUACUGGAACACCGUUACAAAAUAGCUUAGAAGAACUUUGGUCGUUAUUGCAUUUUUUAAUGCCAAAUAUAUUUACUUCGCAUUUAGAUUUUAAAGAAUGGUUUUCUGAUCCUUUAAAUUUAGCUAUUCAGAAAAGUAAAAUUUAUGAUUCAAAAGAAUUAAUAGAUAGAUUACAUACUGUGAUCAGACCAUAUAUUUUAAGACGAUUAAAAAAAAAUGUUGAAAAAGAAAUGCCAAAUAAAUAUGAACAUAUAAUUAAAUGUAAAUUAACUAGAAGGCAAAAAAUAUUAUAUGAUGAGUUUAUAAAUAAUAAAAAAGUUCAAAAUACAUUAACUAGUGGAAAUUAUAUGGGUUUAAUGAAUAUUUUAAUCCAACUAAGAAAAGUAUGUAAUCAUUGUGAUUUAUUUACUAAUAAAUAUAUUCAAACUCCAUAUUAUUAUAUUUUACCUAUUCAAUAUAAUAUACCUAAGUUUUGUUUACUUUUUGAAAAUAAUUAUUAUCAAGAUUUUUAUCUUAUUUUGUUUUUACAUAAUGAGUUUGUUUCAUUAGGGGGUAUUGCCAAAGAUGUGCACUCCAAACAAAAACAGAAUCACAACUACACAGAUUCUAACAUUCAGAUGCAUCCAAAGAAUAAUGAUUUAACAAUUUUCGAUUCUGAACAAUUUCAAAACAAUAUGAUCAAUAUGGAAACAUUAAAUGUUGCUCUUUCUGAUAACUUUCAUAUCCUAUCAAAUAAUUUUUCUAAAAAUAGUGAAUAUAAAAAUUUAAAUGAAAUAAAUCAAACAAAAGAUUUUCCUAAUAAAUGUUUAAUUGAAGAAAUAGAUUCUAAAUGCCCAUUCACUUUAAUAAAUAAAUUUGAUAAAAAUUUGAAUUCUAUUUCAACAUAUUCAAGGGAUACUAAUUAUCCCCAAAAUAAAAUAUCUUUUUAUAAUGAUGAAAAUGAAAAAAUGGAGGAACAAAAUAAUUUAAAAUCAUCUACAUGGUUUAAAGAAAUAAAUAAAAUAAAAGAUAAUAAACAUUUUGAUUAUUUAAAUUAUUACAAAAAUAUUCUAAUUAAUUUAAAUAAAAAUAAGGAACUAAAAAAGGAUAAUCAAAUAAUUAAUAAUAAAAAUUAUGAUGAAAAACAAUAUAUUCGAUUUAACGCAAUGCAGAUGUGGAAUACAUAUCCUAUAUACGAUGAAAGCAUACAUGAUUUAUGCACCUAUGUAAAUAAUGAAAUAUACAAAGAAAAUAUUCCAAAAGAUUUUUUAACUUAUUCAAAUGAAUUUAUUAACGAAUUAAACAAUAACUAUGAUAUUUUAUCUAUAUAUAUAGAUCCACAAAAUAAAUAUAAAACAUAUGACGAAUACUUAUAUGCUAUGGAAUAUGAUACUGCUUCUUAUAAUACACCACUUCAAAAUGAUAGUUUACGAGGAAAUAAACAAAUAACUUCUAAUUAUAGGGGUUCAAGUAAUAGAGGCCGUCCUCCUAGGGGAAGUCAUGUAGGCCGCUCAUCUCGGGGCAGUCAUGUAGGUCGCUCAUCUCGGGGUAGUCAUGUAGGUCGUUCAUCUCGGGGCAGUCACCCUGGCUGUUCUUUUCGAGGAGAGAUUGGAAAUCAAAACUUACACACUAAUAUUAAUGAAACGACUGAACAAUCUAAUAAUAAUAAUAUUAAUAGUAAUAAUAGUAAUAGUAAUAGUAAUAACAAUAAUAGUAAUAGUAAUAGUAAUAGUAAUAACAAUAAUAGUAAUAAUAAUAAUAUUAAUAGUAAUAAUAAUAAUAUUAAUAGUAAUAACAAUAAUAGUAAUAGUAAUAAUAAUAAUAAUAAUAAUAAUAGUAAUAAUAAUAAUAUUAAUAGUAAUAAUAAUAAUAGUAAUAGUAAUAGUAAUAACAAUAAUAGUAAUAGUAAUAAUAAUAAUAAUAAUAAUAAUAGUAAUAAUAAUAAUAUUAAUAGUAAUAAUAAUAAUAUUAAUAGUAAUAAUAAUAAUAGUAAUAGUAAUAGUAAUAACAAUAAUAGUAAUAGUAAUAAUAAUAAUAAUAAUAAUAAUAGUAAUAGUAAUAGUAAUAAUAAUAAUAAUAAUAGUAAUAGUAAUAAUAAUAAUAAUAAUAAUAACAAUAAUAGUAAUAGUAAUAUUAAUAAUAAUAGUAAUAAUAAUAAUAAUAAUAUACAGAACGAAGACAAUGAUAUAAUUGUUCGUUCUAUAGAGGCAGGUAAUUUUUUGAAAAAAAAACAUUUAUACAGAUAUAAUAUGAAAGUAUUAAAUAGAGAAAUGCAAUAUAAAAACUUUUUUACUGAUGAAACAAAUCAGAGUUAUUUAAAUUCGUUAGAACAUAAUUUAUGGAUAAAAAAAAAGAAAGAAGAAGAAAUGAAUAAAAUGAAAAUUGAAAAAGAAAAAAAAAAACAAUUAAUAUCAAAUUAUCAUUUUAUUAAAAAUAGUAGAAUACCAAUAUUUGGAUCAAAUCUAUUACAUCUAUUAAAAACUGAAUUUUUAAAAGAUAAAAAUAUUGCAUAUAAUCAUACUAACAAUAUAAUCAUAAAUAAUACAUCUAUGAAAGAAGUACAUUCAGAAGAUAUGCCUUCGCGAAAUUACUAUAAUUAUAUGGAUAAAAAUAUAAAAAAGGAAAAUAGUGAUGACACUAUUGAAAAUCUUAUAAAUUAUAAUAUAAAUAAAUGUAAAUCGAAUAAAUGCGCUUCUAUAGUAUUAGAACGACUUUUUCCAACCAUGGAAUAUUUUCUAAAACUAUAUGAGAAGCUAAUACAAAGUUUUAUAGUCAUAAAUAGUCCAUUUGUUAUUUGUAGUCCCCCAAUUAUUUUGAUAAAUAACAAUUCAAAAUGUGAUAAUAAUCAAGAAAUAUGUAAAGUGCAAAAUUAUAGUAAUAUUAGUAAAAAAGAACUUAUAAAAAAAAUUAAAAAAGCUACAAGAGUAUAUCAUAAUGCAUUUCUAAAACAAUCUAUUAUUUUUCCUCUGAAUAAAGAUAUAUCAUUAGGAAGUGGAAAACUAUUUGCUUUAGAAAAAUUAUUGAGUAAAUGCAAAAAAGAAGGAAAUAAAUGUUUACUAUUUACACAAUUUAUUAAAAUGUUAGAUAUUUUAGAAAUAUUUUUAAAUCAUUUAAAUUAUUCUUUUAUUCGACUUGAUGGUUCAACUAAAGUAGAACAACGUCAAAAAAUUGUAACAAAAUUCAAUAAUGAUAAAUCUUAUUUUAUAUUUAUUUCCUCGACCCGUAGUGGAAGUAUUGGUAUUAAUUUAACAGCAGCAAAUGUCGUUAUUUUUUAUGAUACAGAUUGGAAUCCAUCAAUUGAUAAACAAGCAAUGGAUAGAUGCCACAGAAUAGGACAAACCAAAGACGUUCAUGUUUUUCGAUUUGUUUGUGAAUAUACUGUAGAAGAAAAUAUAUGGAAAAAACAGUUACAAAAAAGAAAGUUAGAUAAUAUUUGUAUAAAUAUGGGAAAUUUUAAUAGUCAAAAUAAUCGAAAUAAUAAUACAAGCCUUCAGGAUCAUAAUGAAAUGAACAAAGACUGGUUCACAAAUGUUGAUACAAUUAAAGAAAUAUUUAUUAACAAACAAAAUAAUGAUGAUGAUGAUGAUAUUUACCAGGACAGAUUAUUGCAUGAACAUUUAGAGAAUCCAGAAAAAACAAAUGUUCGUUUUGAAAAAACAUUGGAGCAUAUUGAAGACAAAGAUGAUAUAAAUGCUUUACACGUUACAAAAAGAGAAAGACAGCAUGAAUUAUCCCAAGAUAUGCAUGAAUUUACAAACAAAAACGAUUUUCAAGAAGCAUAUACUUUAACUUCCUAUUGUUUUAAUUUUUUAAAUGAUAAUUUAACAGAUAGCUUGAAACAACAAAUUGACGAAAUGAAAAUGAGAAUUGAAAUUGAAAUGAUGAAUGCUAAGGAAGACGAGAACAAUUCGUUUGAUAGUCUGUCCAACCCAAGUGAUGAGUUGGAAAAUUAUGAACAAGUCAGAAACGAAGCAUCAUAG